GUAUGCUCCAUGCCAUGAUGUUGCUGAAAAUCUAUAUCACAUUGCAGUAAAAUCAAUCUGGACAUAUUUUAUAAUUACAUGGUAGCAAGGCAAUUAAUAUAAAAAAUGGCCAGUGUUAGUGAAGAUAGUACGUCUAAAGAAAGUUCUGAUAAGUUAGUACCCAGUAAUAAUACGGGGCAAAUAGAAGCAACAGCGGAAAAUAAUGUUGAUAUCAAUGCACAAAUCGACGAGCAACGUCGUCAGAUGCAACCAACUAAAUUGGAAUCAUUUUUUGCUAUAACAAAAUCAUUGAUAAUGAGGGCUUUAAUUGUUUAUUUUAUAACGUCAUUGUUUCGUCAACCAUCGGCGCCCAAAACUGAUGUGAAUAGUCCAGUUGGAGCUGCUCCCACUACAGCCGUGAACAUGUUUCCAAACGGGACAGUAUUAGAUGUGUAUUCUUAUUUAUCAGAAAAAGAGUUCUUAGAUAACCUUGAAGAUGGUAAAUUAAUCUGGAAACUUUCUGGACUAGUGUAUGGGGAUUGGUAUGGAGGACCAAAUAAGGAUGGUACUUAUACAUAUUCAACAGAAUUUGUUCCUUCUAAGCAAUUAAAAAAUAAUGGUUCAAUAUACCUCCAUGUAUACAUAGUGCAAUCAGGAAAGUCUCCUGACCCUAAAGAUAACAAUAACUAUGCUGGACCUUAUAUUACAUAUGGCAAGAAAAUGGUCAAUAAAUACAAAAAAUUGAAAUAUAUGAAAACUCAUAACUUGUUAACUGGUCAAACUGAAAAAUCAGAGGAAGAAAUAAUGAAAGCAGAAACAUUAAAAGAAGAAAUAGUAUCACAUUGGCACCCUAAUUUAACAAUCAACAUAGUCACUGAUCAGAAAACUUGGAUGCAGGGUAGUGUACCUCCACCUCUAGAUGAGUUUAUCUUUUUCUUACCUGAUGGUAAACAGUACAAGCCAGCAGUAUUCGUUAAUGAUUAUUGGAAUAUGAUGAGAGAUUAUAUGCCUUUGAAUAAGACGGUCACUAAUCUGCAAUUACAAUUGACAUUUCAACCGCUAAGCCUUUUCAAAUGGCAACUUUAUACUACUCAGGCAAUGCGGGACAAGUUAAGCAUGUUCUCGGCAUUAGGAGCAGAGGAACAAGAUGAGGAACAGGACACUAUUAAAGAAUUACUCUUAGACACAUCACCCUACCUUCUGGGUCUGACAAUAACAGUUUCAAUUUUGCAUUCCAUUUUUGAGCUGUUAGCUUUUAAAAAUGAUAUCCAAUUCUGGAAUAAUAGGCAAUCACUUGAAGGGCUCUCUGUGAGAUCUGUAUUCUUCAAUGUUUUUCAGUCAACUGUAGUGCUUCUAUAUGUAUUAGAUAAUGAAACAAAUGUUAUGGUGAGAAUUUCAUGUUUCAUAGGUUUAUUGAUUGAAAUAUGGAAAAUUAACAAAGUAAUGGAUGUUAAAUUAAAUAGAGAGGAUAGAAUAUUUGGAAUCCCAAAGGUGACAUUUACUGACAAGGGAUCCUAUGUACAUUCUAGUACUAGAGAGUAUGACACCCUAGCAUUCCGUUAUCUCAGUUGGGCUUGUUUUCCACUUCUAAUAGGAUAUGGAAUUUACUCAUUGCUCUACCAGGAACACAAAGGAUGGUACUCAUUUGUACUUAAUAUGAUGUAUGGAUAUCUAUUGACUUUUGGAUUCAUAAUGAUGACACCGCAAUUAUUUAUUAAUUACAAAUUAAAGUCAGUUGCUCACUUGCCCUGGCGCAUGAUGACAUAUAAAUUCUUAAAUACAUUUAUUGAUGACAUCUUUGCAUUUGUUAUUAAAAUGCCUACUAUGUAUCGCAUUGGAUGUUUCAGAGAUGAUAUUGUCUUCUUUAUAUUCUUAUAUCAGCGCUGGAUAUACAAAGUUGAUCACAAGAGGGUAAAUGAAUUUGGUUUCUCUGGAGAGAUGGAACAGCAAAAACAAUCUGAAAAUGGGAAUCUUGCAAUCACGGAAGGAGAACAACCUACUGAUAAGAAAAAUGAUUAAAUAGUAGUUGAUUUUUAGCUAAUAUAAUUGAUAUAUUGCAAAACAAGUGAAAAUAGUAUUCAUGCAUGGUAGCUGGCUUGUGAGUUUGCAAGAUUUUUAUAAGCCUGUUAAAAAUAAAUGUACAAAAAACUAGCAUUUAAUAUAAAUAUGUCAUAGAGUUUCAUAUUUAUUCUCAUGCCUCAUGUAUAAUUCAUUUAAAAAUAAUAGCUGCAUAUGGGCAAUGCAAAUAAGAUGUUUAAAUACAAAGUUAAAGGAUGAAUUUAAAAACCAACAUUUACAAUUUUGCAAUUUCUUCAUAUUAUUCAUUCAUUAUUAUGAUGCUGUAAAAAAUGUAGAAAUAUUCUUCCUGGAGAUUUGUUAAGAAAUUAUGAGCUCAAAACUUGUGUGUUUAAUUUUAGUGAUUUACUUCAAAUGAUGUGUGAUAAUUGUAUGAAUACUUAUAGUAAAAAUUGUUUGUUAUGUUUCCUACAAGGAAGGUAAUAUUACGAUUUUGUAAAUUACGCAUUAUAUUAUUCUAUUUGAAAUAUAAAUUUAUGGUUUAUUUUAUAAUAUAAUAGCAUAAUUUCAGCCACUUUUUGAUACACGUAAAUCGAGAGAGAAAACUUUAAUAAGUUUGCAGGCUCCUUUGUCCAAAUUUGAUGUCACUUUGAACAAAACAAUAUAUUAGUCUAGUCUCCAACAAAUUCUAAAACAAUGAUUUAGGACAAAACAACCUGCAAACUAGUGAAUAUUCAUUAUGCAAAUGUGUAAAGCAAUAUUAGGUUAAUUAAAAUUUAUAACUUCAAUGUAUUUCAGUUUCAUGUAUUGAUUUAGAAAAACAUAAGUUCAUUUUAAUAGUAAGUUUAUCAAUUAAUAUAUAUAUUUAAAUAUAUUUAUAUCUAUUUCGCUUCUAAAUUAAGAUUAUUGCUAUUAGAUUCCUGUCAGAUAAAAAAAAAAAAGAUUUUAUCAACUAAAAUAUCAGGUUCACUUUAAUAAAGUAUUGUUUAACUUGAAACAUCUUACGACAUUCAAUGUGAUGCAUGCAUAUUUUAUGUAGUUUGAAAUUCCAGCUCUUUAAAUGAGAGUUUCUGGUUAAAUUAUUUUAUUAGUGUAUUGCAAAAUUUUCAUAAUUGUAUAUUGUUUGUGACAUAUUUUUCAUGAUAUUAUAUAUCUUUAGAAAUAUGAGAAAUUAACUAAAUUUUACAUUAUACGAAAAAUAACUGCAUGUUACUUAUAAGAAACAUUUCAUAUAAAACUUUGAAUGAGAUAGCUGAAAAUGGAAGUACAGACUUGCAGUGUUUUUAUAAAUGAAAGGGGCGAAUGUUGGCUAUUAUUCACGUUAUCUAUUUUAUAAUAAUAUCAAUUUUAAAUUACAAUUUAACUUUGAAGUUAAUAUACAUAAAUAAGUUUAUUUUCAGGGUACACAUUUUUCAACUUAUAUUCCUAUUAUUUAACAGUAUUUAUCAUUGAUAUCUGAAUAGUUUGUAAUUAAUUUAAAUUUCUUGUUUGCGAUGUAUAUUAAAUUGUUGUUCGAA